ACAAUCGUUUCGAGGCCAAGAUUCAUGACCUGAGGGAGCAGAUGCUGAGUACCUCUGGUAGUCUACGCACCUCGCAGAAGAGAUCGCUUUUUGUCAGGGCCCUCUUCGAUUAUGACCCGUCGAAGGACAGUGGUCUACCAAGCAGGGGCCUGCCUUUUAAGCUGGGUGACAUUCUUCACGUGAUCAAUGCCAGUGACGACGAAUGGUGGCAAGCCACUAAAAUUCUCCCGGACGGAGAAGAAGAAGGAAUCGGCAUCGUACCAUCUAAAAGAAGAGUGGAACGGAAGGAGAAAGCUAGAUUAAAAUCUGUGAAGUUUCAAGGAAAAAGCAGUAUAAACGACGGCAAGAAUACAUUAGACAGGAAGAAAAAGAAUUUUUCUUUUUCUCGAAAAUUCCCAUUCAUGAAAAGCAAAGAGAAUGCUGGUGAAGACGGAAGCGAUGUCGAAAGAGAAGGAUCGCCAACUAAAGUGUUAUACCCAUCACAAACGGUCUACUUUAAUGUCUAAAGUCUCAGCUAGAAGAUGAUAGGAAGGGAUUCUUAUUUCUUGCCUUCUUCUUCUUCUUCUACCAAAUCUCUCUACUCUUUUCUAUCCUCUUUGCAAC